UACCGACCGAUUCAACACAUGCAUUUUUGUCACAAGACUUGAGUGAAAAUACAUCUACAUACGAUCUUCAUUCCAAACAAAUCGUACACCGUGUCCGGCAUCGUCAUUUACGGGCAUUGUUUUGGACAACAACAGAACAUUGAUUUUUAUCGGUUUUCUAGAAAACCGUUUUUGUCAUAAGACAGUGUAUCCAUUCAUUUACCCUAUACCAGAAUAACCACAAGUGAUUCACCAUGAGCAGAUUAGGCCAAAUGUCGUUGGUACUGUUAGCAAUGGUGGCAUGCCACGUUUACGGUCAAGUGCAGACUAGCACGCCUUGUUCGCUGUCGUUCUACCGGUACUUGUUCAACUUGCCCGGCGAGCAGAUCCGACCAAACGUACCGGAAGGCACGUACAUGUUCGGCAAGCGGGUGGGUCCGGCUACACCGGAAGGUCAAGCCUCGGACGUCAAACCGUCCGUGCUUCAGGCUCCUCUGUACCUACCACCAUCACCGACCACCACGACCACGACCACGACCACCACAUUGAGACCGUCCACGUCGGCGCCUCUGUACAUACCACCAGUGCAAAACAAUUAUUACCCGGCCGAGUCCAUCAACACGGUGUCAGUGGUGCAGCCCGCUAAACCGGCAUGCGAACACCCAGAACACCAGCACGUCGUGGACACCGGACUCUUGCCGCCGUACCCGACCGCUAAAUUCCAGCCGCAGCCCACGUUCUUCGUGCCACGUUUCACAGCCCCGCCCCAGCCUCAGGUACCUGUAGCCAUCAGCGACAACGAGAUAUUCGUCGAACAGCGGAAACCAGUGGCCGUGCAAAGGUUCGCCGUGCCCACGCCACCACCACAGUUCCUCCGUCCAUACGUCGCACCGACACCAGCACCGACACCGGCUGAGAACUGCGACAAGCACGUACACGUGACCAGCACCACCACCACGACUACCACCACGACACCAGAGCCCGAGCCCAGCACCGAGACGUUGGUGGAGACUCGCCAAAAUGAGAUAUCCAUCAUCCCGGAGGCCAAGCACCCGGCCGACUGCGGCCACAAGCAGCACAACGUGGUCAUCGAGUCCGUGGGCGUACCGUCCACCGACUACGGCGUGGUCUCUGCUCCCGCCCCAGCCCCGUCCGCCGGUUAUUCGUACGACCGACCCAGCGAACCGUUAGCGUAUCCAUCAAACGGUUACAAUUACCCCAAGGCGAGCCCGUCGUUCGAGUACCCGGGCGCGUUUUCGGCCAAAUUUGAGUCCGAAUCGCCCAAGUCGUCUGCCAGUGGUACCGAAGAUGGUGACCUGGUCAUCCUCAAGGUCUAGAACAUCCUAACCUCUCAUGUGUAAAACAGGAAAAAAAAUUAAAAAAAAAUAUAUCAUAAAAAAUAAUAUUAUAAAUGACACAUCAAACGCACGCACAACGCUUACUGGUGGGUAUGUGUAUGUGAGUGUGUGUUUGUGUUUGCCUACACAACGCCUCCUUAGUGUUAGCCAUCUGCAAAAAUUGGCAGUGUAACGCCGCCGUCAUCAUAACAGUAUAUUAUAUUAUGUCAUGCAUCGUAAUUUUAUUAUUAUUAGUAUUAGAAUCAUUAAAAUAUAUAUUAUCGCAUAAGAUAUUAGUAUGCGCCUAUCCGCAAUUUAGACAAUCGAGAAUUUAUUAUAUUAUAUUAUAUUGUUACCAUUAGAUUUAUGAAAAAAGUUAUAUAGAACGAUACUAUUGAAUA